AUGCUCAACCAGGAGGAAACCAAUACGCCGGAUGGCACACAAUUAUCCUCAACCACAGACUACAGUCUAGUGGAGCCCCUACCUCAAAAUGUCAGGUCGGAGGCCAUUGAAACCGGUGGACCUUUGGUUGAACGCGGGCCUUAUCGACUUCAGCUUGACAUCGGCAGCAAAUGGGAUCCCGCUCUGUGGAACCUGUCACACGCAAUUUGA